CUUAUGCCUUGAAAACCCUAUUCGAUCGCUUCGUCUUCUCCUAUUCCGGCGGCGUCUCUUUCGUGCUCUGCUCGUUUCGGCUUCGUCUUCCCCUAUUCCCUCCACCUCGGUCCCGCAUUUUCUGACCAUCAAGAGACGGCAAGUCGGCAAUGACCAAAGGUGGAACGAGCUCUUCUUCCCCAAAGAGCUUCUCAUGGAGAAAGAGGGGAGUGCUUUCACCCAUCCGAACAGCUCGGCACAAUACCUGCGUUUAUCGGGCUUUCUGCGAUGUAGCAGACGCUAGAGCCCGAAUCAUGAUCAGGAGGUCUAAGAAGUCAUCCGACCUAGAGUUUGCUAGGUUCUCCGCCUACAAGCUGUGGGCUAGAGAGAAGGAUUGGGCUUACGGGGAAGGUAAUCGUCGGUUAUAUUUCCACAAAUUCUACUGUAACACCUCACGGCUUCUUCCAACGGCGGAGAGCUCCAAGGACGAGAAGUUUAUGAAGUAUAAGCUCAUCGAUUUCGAGGAAGUGCUUCCGAAGGACCAACCAAAUGCCGUAGAGUUUGUUAAGGAGAGUUUGAAGUCGGAUGGUCCGGUUAUGGGAGGAUUUCGUGUUCUCUAUGACUAUCUCGAUGGUGGACCAUACCUUGCAGCAGGAGAAAAUGUACCACUGAGCAAAGAUGAUAAACGAAGGCCUCCGAAGGUAGACGAUCCAUAUGGGCCCACCCAAUUGUCUCCCGAGGAUCAACAGCCUCCUGAAGAAGUUGAUCCAGUCGCAGCAAAGGCACUGGAAGCUUCGAAGAACCCUUCGAACAAAAGAUACAGAGGUCAUGCUGUGUGCAUCGUGGGAUUCUGCACAGAUAAAGGUAUUGACUACUUCGAAGUACAAGAAUCACAGGGCAGGUUAGCUUGGGUGGAAGGCUUUAGGAAGGUCUCCGUGGAGGCGUUCAGGUCGUUUUACCUGCCAGUGCUCGAGAGAUGGUAUGCUGGCCUUCGGCAGGGCGUGGUGUAUCGUUUGGUAGCAUAUCGUAGUAUGAAGGACGCAUUGAUACAAUUGAGUAAAGGUGUGGACAAGGGCCUUGCUUCAGAUUUAGUUCCAGUUGUGUUUGUUGAAAGACAGCCUACUUUGUCAAAGAAGGAUGCUACGUUCACUCAAUUUAACUCCGACCUCGAUCACUCACAGAUUGGGAUGGAAACACAAGUUUUUUCGUUUCUAGUUGAAGAGGUGCCUCCUGGAACGGGGAAAAUAACCGCUCUGAUGGAGAUAAUUUUACAAGAAGUGAAACGUGGAUCAAAGAUUCUUGCAUGUGCUGCUUCCAACAUUACUGUUGAUUACAUUGUUGAGCGACUUGUUCCUCACAGGUAUCGUACUACGUGGAGACGGCAACUGUCUAAUGACAUCCGGAAGGAAAUGAAGCUGGACUCGACAUCAUUUGAUUUGGUGAUUAUUGAUGUAGCUGCUCAAGCACUUGAGAUUGCUUGCUGGAUGCCUUUGUUGAAGGGCUCAAGAUGCAUAUUUGCUGGUGACCACCUUCGUCUUCCUCAGACCAUCCAAAGUGUUGAAGCAGACAAGAAAGGUUUAGGAAGAAUCCUAAUUGAUCGUCUAGCAGAGCUCUAUGGCGAUGAACUCACAUCUAUGCUUAUUGUCCAGUAUAGCAUGCAUUAGAUCAUUAUUGCACUGGUCCUCUAAGGAGCUAUAUGACAACAAGCGAUAAAUCAUCCAGAUCGAAGCCCAUUCAAGUGUUGCAGCAUGUGCACUAUACGUUCUUGAGGGUGCUGUUAAGUCAACUUCAAUAGAAGCCACACUUCUUCUUAUGCAUUUCAGGGUAUAUAUAACAACUUCCUGCCCCUCCAAACUACCACGAAUCUCGUCGCUAAACGGUUAGAUGACCUUACUGAUCUUCAUGGAUCAUAUUCAGAUUGGGUCUCUCAGUAAUCGUAGACGGAUGAAUGUAGCGGUGACGCGGGCAAGAAGGCAAUGCUGUCUUGGAGGUGGGGGGUUGUUUUGUGAUGACGCUUUAUAUAUGUUAUGCCUUCGGGGUAUUGAUGAAUGGGGGUAAGCAAUUAUGGAAGAAUGUGUUGUAUUUGCAUGUGAAGAGGAAACAUGGGGAAUUGAAGGAAUGUGAUGAUUUAAAUGAGUAUAGUUUGAAAGCCAGGGUUAUCGAGAUCGUCAUAGGGCAUGUGGGUGUUCAUUGUACUCAGUUUUUUUAGGUGAUUCAUGUGGCUAGGUUUUAGAAACCUUUUGCUAGGAUUCCUAACUGAUGUGUUGUCACUUGUGGGAAUUGAUGGAUAAUUGGGGAUUUCGAAUGAAAUUGGAAAUUAGAAGAUUUAGGGAUUUGAAUAAGAACGGC